UCACAACCUGAUCAAUAGACGUGCCAAAAGGACAGUAAGACUCAUCAAUCCAUGAUUUAGGGGGAAAAUGCUUCUAACUUUAUAAUUCUUUUAUGGAGAAAAAAAAUCACGUGUUCACAUCUACUAUGGGAAAAGAUAAUUAAAAUUUUGUUUAGCUACUUAAGUUCUACAUCAGAGCUGCUGAAACUAAUACAUGUUCGUGACAUGAACAAUAUGCUUUGAAGAUUGGGCUUCUUUUAUAGAGAACUAGGUUUUGAUGUAGGUUCUCUAUUUUUUUGGUAUACAGCUUUUGUAUACGGGGUUUCACCAUUAAAUUAUUUACCUUAUUAAAAAAUGUAACAUUAUUGCCAGCAGUAAAUGGCCAUCGAGCAACUACCAGAAAUUUGUGCUAUCAUUCUAAUUUUCUUCUUCAUGUUUUCACUGAUAAAGUAUAGCUAUGGACUGAAUCCUAAGAGACAUGUACUAAUAUGCAAACAACUAGGCACACAACUAGCUUAUAUUUCCAGAAUACCUUAUGAUAGCAAGUUUUCAGUUAUACAAUUCACGUCGAGUCGCAACCGACAUUAAGUUUUUAAAUCCAGUUUCUGUGCUUCGUUUUUAUUAUUCCAGUACCCCCAAGUUCUACGGAUAUUUUCACAAUGUAAGUUAGAGCAAUCUACUAACAAAUAACUGAAAGAAGUAGUUUGUAUAAAGUAAGGGAAAGUGAGACUUUCCCACAUCGAUGGUCUAAAGCCCCUUUAUGGGCUUUUUAAGUUCUUGUCCAUUUUAUAUAUUUGUUUAAGAAUACACACUAUUAAGUGUAUGUGCAAAUAUUUGUUUAUAUAUAUUAAUAUUAGAUACUAGUUUCCUUACAAGGAUAUUCAGAAAAUCUGCAAGUAUCAAUUUUGUGGCUUGUUGUAUCCUGAAGAAGAUUGUCUGUAUUUUCUCCAAAUUUGUAUAAGGGCAAUAACUUCUUUAAGGAAAGUCGUUCUCACGCCUCAAGCCUUCUUCAAUUUCGUUUUCUAUUAUUAUUUUUCUAACAAUCUUAAAGAAGUUAUUCUGCUAUGGAGAACAUUCUGUCCGUUGUUGAAAAUCCAAAAGAGUUCAUCAAACUCGAUAGUUUUGAUGGAUCAAACUUUACUCGCUGGAAGGACAAGAUGAUUUUCCUACUGACUGCUCUGAAGAUUUUUUAUGUUCUUGAUCCACAAUUGCCUGUUGUGCCAGAUCCUACUGCUGAGGAUUUUGAUGAAGUGAAAGCAACGAGGAAGAAAUGGGAAGACGAUGAACUGCUGUGCCGUGGACAUAUUCUGAAUACAUUAACAGAUCGUCUCUAUGAUCUGUAUCAAAAUUUGAAGUCUCCAAGGGAAAUCUGGACGGCAUUGCAAAGUGCUUAUGAAAACGAGAAACGAGGUAUCGAUAAAUUUCUAUCUUUAAAGUACUUCGAAUUUAAAAUGGUUGAUACAACACCCAUUAUGGAUCAGAUUCAUGAACUGCAAAUCUUAGUUUCAAAACUAAGUGAUCUUGAAGUUAAAAUUCCUGAUGCACUUCAAAUCAGUGCUAUACUUUCUAAACUGCCUUCUUCUUGGAAUGACUAUAGAAAGAAAAUCCUGCAUUCUUCUGAGAAAUUGACUGUGGAACAGUUUCGAACUCACAUUCAAAUUGAAAGUGAGAAUCGAAUUCGUGAUACUUUUAUGCAACCUUCGAGUUCCACAGUUAAUAAUGUUAGUUAGAAUAAUAACGGAGACGGAAACAAAAAUCUGAAAGUUUCAAAUAAGCCUCAAUUUUAGAAGAGGAAUACUUUGAAAUGUCAUCAUUGUGGAAAGAAAGGCCACAAGAUUCGUGAUUGCAGGUUUAAGAAAGCAGGAAUUAACUUUAACCAUGGAAAUUCUGGAAACUCGGGAAGGUCUGAAAAAGCAAAAGCAAACACAGUUGAAAGUUCUUCACAAGGUUUGGUUGCAAUGGUUUCUGUAGUACCAUGUAAUAUGGUUACAGAACUAAACAUGGUUGUUGCUGCUAUUAAGAGUCAAGAAUGGUGGUUAGAUUCGGGUGCCACCGUUCAUGUCUGUUAUGAGAAGAAUAUGUUCAAGACUUAUGCAGAAGUGAAGGAACCCGAGAAGGUUCUCAUGGGAUAUCAUAUGACUGCAGAUGUUGCAGGAAAAGGAAGUGUUGAGAUCAAUUUCACUUCUGGGCAGAAGCUAACAUUGCUAAAUGUGUACUAUGUUCCCGACAUGAAGAAGAACUUGAUGUCUGCUAGUUUGCUGUCUAAGAGAGGCUUCAAGAUAGUCAUAGAAUCUGAUCAUGUAAUAGUAUCUAAGAAUGGUUUAUUUGUUGGAGAGGACUACACUUGUGAUGGCAUGUUCAAACUUAGUAUUAAUGCAAUAAACUAUGUUUCUGCUUAUAUUGUUGAGUCCAAUUCUUAUUUAUGGCAUGCUAGAUUAGGACAUUUAAAUUUUGGUUCGUUAAAUUAUAUGUCCAAAAAUGGAUAUAUUUCUUACAAGCAUGAUAAUGUGAAAAAAUGUGAAAUAUGUAUACAAGCAAAAAUGACUAAGAAACCUUUUUGUAAAAUUGAAAGAUUCAGUGAAUUGUUACACUUAGUACAUUAUGAUAUAUGUGAACUAAAUGGAAAGUUAAUCAGAGGAGGCAAGAGAUAUUUUAUUACUUUUAUAGAUGAUUAUUCUAGAUUCACAUAUGUUUACUUGCUUAGAACAAAAGAUGAAGCAUUUCAGAAGUUUAAAGAAUAUAAAUCUGUUGUGGAAAAUCAAAAGAAUACUAAGAUUAAGAUUCUUCGUAGUGAUAGAGGUGGAGAAUAUUUUUCCUCUGAAUUUAAUAAGUUUUGUGAAGAGAAUGGUUUGAUACAUCAAACAAGUGCUCCUUAUACAUCACAACAAAAUGGUUUGGCCGAAAGAAAAAAUAGAACUUUAGUUGAUAUGAUUAAUGCUAUGUUAAUGAAUGCACAUUUACCACAUAAUUUAUGGGGUGAAGCACUUUUAACAGCUUGUCACAUAUUAAAUAGGGUGCCUUCAAAAAGCUUACAUGUUUCACCAUAUGAACUUUGGAAUAAUAGAAAACCUAAUUUAGAUUAUUUUAAAGUGUGGGGGUG